AUGAAAGGGCUCAAAUUAUCUUACCGUGACAAAUUCGUGAAGAGGACUGAUUCGAAGCAUUCGUCAGAUGAUUAUGUUGACACUGUGAGAGGUUGGGAAGCUCAGAUUCGUGGCUGCUAUUCGGAGUUAAUACCAAUGGGGAGGGAUAAAUUUGUAAGCAUGAUUCUUACUGAUGCUUGUUUUAUCAUUGAGUUGUUUGUUGCAGUCUUUCUAGCAGAUAGAGGUGAAUCAAAUGAAGACAGAUACACUUUGUUGGAGAAAAAAUGGCCAAGACUUGAUAUAAUGCGAGACUUGAUUUUACUUGAAAAUCAAAUACCAUUCUUUGUUCUUGAGGGCCUUUUCAACCUAGCUUUUCCCCACGGCUUAAGUGACAACGUCUCAUUUCGCGAGCUUACCUACAGAAAUUUUUGUUUGUCCAUCCUAUCAAGUAUAUAUCCUGCCAAGAAUGAAAUUUUUGGGAACCUUGUGUCAUCAUAUGGUUAUCUUGAAGAACAUCACCUGAAACUCCCUAAUGGUGAUAGGAAGAAAGUGGAACACCUGUGUGGUAUGUUAAGGGCCUUUUACGUGCCAAGUAAUCCUCCAGCAAGAUCAAUAGACCCGAAUAUGACAGUGAAGUGUUCAUGUACUGUAAAUCAACUACAUGAGGCAGGACUCAAAUUUGAAGUUCAUCAAGACAAAGGCAUAUUUCAGCUGGAAUGUUCAGAGGGAGUCAUCAAAAUGCCAGUUAUUGGGAUUAAUGCGUUGACUGAGAUUAUGCUCAGAAAUUUGGUUGCGUUUGAGCAGUGUCAUCACUCUUUUAUGAAGCAUUAUGUUACUGACCACGUGCUACUCUUGUUUUAUCUUAUCAAAGCUGGAAAGGAUGUCGAAAUUCUUGUUGAAAAGGGAAUCAUCGAGAACAUUUUAGGGGAUAAUGAUGAUGUGGCUACCAUGAUCAUCAAACUUCCCCAAAAUACUUGGGCAAUAGGCAACAACACUAAUUACGGCGCUCUAUUUGCAGAGCUGGACAAAUUUUAUAAGAACCCUUGUCACCAGCAUAAGGCAAAUUUUGUGCGUAAAUACUGGAGCACUCCUUGGAAAAGGUUGUCUUUGUUGGGUGGAAUUAUGAUGCUUCUCUUCACUUCGAUCCAAACAAUAUGUUCUCUCAUCUCCUUAAUCAAAGGUGGAGCUCAAAAUUAA